UCAUUUUUUUCCAUGCAAAUAGCGUCUCAGAAAAAUCAGAAAUAUUGCACUGGCUUUAUUAAGUUAACUAAUUAUUCUGGUACUUCCAAAAUGAAGCUUUUUGCAUCCCUCAUAAUUGCUGCGGUUGUGGGACUGACUUCUGCUAAACUGUCUAAACGUGCAGCGCAGAAUCCCGGUGUGUGGUCGGCUCUGGACAGCCUGCGCGGGAAGUCCAAGCUGGGCAACGAUGAUAUUCUCCAGAUGGUUUUAACUGCCAAAGCCGGUCAAGACUACCCCGACCUGUCGGAAAUUCCCGCCGGAAGCUUCGACUGCACGCAGCAUUCUCCCGGCUUUUACGCCGACGUCGAUUCUCGCUGCCAGGUUUAUCGUCGGUGCGAUGUCAAUGGAAAUCAAACCGCUUAUCUUUGCCCUAACAUGACGGUGUUUAACCAAAUCACGCUGACCUGCCACUGGUUCUGGGACGUAGACUGCAGCAAAUCCACCGAUUUCUAUGACUACAGCAACAGCCGCCUGUAUCAGAACGUCCCGCUCUUGGACGACGAGCCCUCGUACACCGGCGCCCGUCGCAAACGUGCCGCCCAGAACCCAGGAGUGUUUACCGCUCUGGAUCAACUGCGGGGGAAAUCCAAGCUGGGCAACGACGAUAUUCUCCAGAUGGUCCUGACUGCAAAACCCGGUCAAGACUACCCUGACCUGUCGGAAAUUCCUGCCGGAAGCUUUGACUGCACGCAGCAUUCUCCCGGGUUUUAUGCCGACGUUGAAUCUCGCUGCCAGGUUGUUCGCCGGUGCGAUGUCAACGGCAAUCAAACCGCCUAUCUCUGUCCCAACAUGACGGUGUUUAACCAAAUCACCCUGACCUGCCACUGGUUCUGGGAUGUGGACUGCAGCAAAUCAACGGAUUUCUAUGACUACAGCAACAGCCGCCUGUACCAGAACGUCCCGCUCUUGGACGAUGAGCCCUCGUACACCGGCGCCCGUCGCAAGCGUGCCGCCCAAAAUCCGGGAGUGUAUUCCGCUCUAGACCAACUGCGUGGGAAAUCGAAGUUGAGCAACGACGAUAUUCUGCAGAUGUUUGUCAAUUCCAAAGCCGGUCAGGAUUAUCCUAACCUGUCCGAGAUCCCUCCCGGCAACUUUGACUGCUCGCAGCACGCGCCGGGCUUUUAUGCGGAUGUUGAUACCCGGUGUCAGGUGGUGCGCCGAUGCGACGUCAACGGCAACCAGACGGCAUAUCUCUGCCCCAACAUGACGGUGUUCAACCAAAUCACGCUGGUUUGCCACUGGUUCUGGGAUGUGGACUGCAGCAAAUCUACCGAUUUCUAUGAGUACAGUAAUAGUCGCCUGUACCAGAAUGUCGCGCUCUUGGAUGACGAGCCAUCAUACACUGGAGCCCGCCGAAAGCGUGCUGCCAAUAAGCCACGGCAAAGCCAGUUCGUCGCCGGUAAACUCGUUCAACUUGGCCAUCGCAACUGAUCGAUCUCUGAGGCGAAUACUGACUACUUGGUUUUCGUAAGUUUUGGACGCAAUUCAAAUGAAUUUCACCUAAAUUAAUUUUAUCGUGUACACUUGUUUGAACUGGCUUGUUUGAAUGUACAUUACCGAACGAAAUGUGGAUUAACUAUGUCAUUCUCGCACCUUUGUAAAAUAAAACCAUGACUUAACGGAUUACUUUCGUUUUCCAUAUCUGACACCGCUGUUGAAGCAAAAUUUUCAUUUUUGAAGCAAAAUUUUCAAUCAGAAAAAAGUGUGUAGCAUAAUAAAUG